CGUCACCCAUCGUAACGUCCGGCCGUGGCGCUGAAGGUUCUAGUCAGCUGGCCGACACCGAUGCGAUCGUAGUCUGGGGGACUUGCAGCGGCCGUGGUGAAAAUGCGUUGGUUUGAGGGCUCUAUCCCUGCGGCCAUCGCCUCCGCCAAACAGCAGAAUGCCGUCUUCCUCGUCGUUAUCACAGGGGAGGAUGAGCAGUCCUCACAGAUGACCGCCAGCUGGGAGGACGACAGUGUGGCCGAGGCUACCAGAAGCUCUUUCGUCGCGAUUAAAGUAGAUGCCAAGAGUGAGACAUGUGUACAGUUUUCUCAGAUAUAUCCCGUAGUGUGUAUCCCCUCCAGCUUCUUCAUCGGAGAGAACGGAAUCCCCCUGGAGGUGAUCGCCGGCAGCAUGUCAGUCGAGGAGCUCGUCAAGCGGAUCUCCAGAGUCAGACAGAUGCAUGACCAGCAGAUGGGCACACCAGACAGGGCUGUGGCAGCUGCUGCUGCGGGUACACCUGCUGCUACUGCUCCCCUCCAGCCCCCUGUGGCCCAGGACCCAGUUGUACAGCAAGUGCCUACCCUGUCGGAGUCCCAGGCCAGCCCGCCAGCAGAAGACAGCAGUGUGGCUUCACCUGCUUCAAAAGAGCCGCUGUCUUGUCCAGUGGAUGAUGGGGGGCCCUCAGGCCAUGCCACACCCUCUGAUGACAGGAGUUUGUCGUCAGAUGAUGUUUCUCUCAGCUCCCAGUCUGACGAGAGCCUGAAUGCCAAGGUGGAGAGGCUGACAAAGAAGCUGGAGGAGCGACGGGAACAGAAAAAGAGAGGAGAAGAGGAGAAUCAGAUAAGGAAGGAGGUGGAACGGAGGAAGCUUGGCAAGGAAAUGCUGGACUACAAGAAGAAGCAGGAGGGUGAGCGCACCAAGCGCAUGCUGGAGGAGCGCAACCGCGAGAAGGCAGAGGAGCGGGCAGCACGGGAUCGUGUGCGUCAGCAGAUAGCGCUGGAUCGGGUAGAGAGAGCGGCUCGUUACGCCAAGAGUACGGAGGAGGCGGAGGCAGCGAAGGUGGCGGCACUUCAGGCAGCGAAGGCGGAGCAGGAGGCCCGGAAGGAGGCGCUGCAGAAGGAGAGGAGUGCUGUGGCCCGGAUACAGUUCCGCCUCCCAGACGGCUCUUCUUUCACCAACCAGUUCCCCUCUGAGACCAGGCUGCGGGAGGCCAGGGAGUUUGCUGCCCAGGAAGUAGGGAACCGGUACGGAAACUUCUCCUUGGCCACCAUGUUCCCGAGGCGGGAGUUCACACAGGAGGACCUUGACCAGACCUUGCUGGAGCUGGAGCUGGUUCCCAGUGCCUCAGUGGUGCUUCUUCCAGUUGGCCGGCCUGCUAACACAAUGGUGCCCUCCUCGGCCGGGGGCUUUUGGUCGGUGCUGGGCACCAUCUUUUACCCCCUGCUAGCCGUGUGGAGAUUCAUAAGCAGCUUCCUCUUCACUACCCCGCCGCCCCCCGGCUCCGCUUCCAGCGUCCCGCCACAGCGCCCCGGACCUUCCACCGUAUCGUCUGGCGAAGCAAAACGGGAACCCAUUCGCAAACGAGUUUUGGAAAAGCGAGCGGAUGACUUCAAAAAAGAUGGGAAGAUCUACAGACUGAGGACGCAGGAAGACAGUGAGGACGACAACAACACCUGGAACGGCAACUCCACCCAGCAGAUGUAGCUGGUUGGCCCUCAACACUGUGCAAUAACCAAUCUCUCUCUUGCGCUCUUUCUCUCUCUCUCUCCCAUUGGUGGAAACUGCUUACUGGCCGCACGGUGCUCCAAUACACUCACGCCCUGGGCGUCACCUGCAUGGGCACUUAUUAUUGAGUCGUGCCCAGUAGCUUAAACUCCGCCUCCAUAUCUUGUCACCGUUUUGUGUUUGUGGACUGAGCUGGUCUGGAGCGCUGACAUAUCCUGGCCUGGAGACCGUGGCUGCAGGUCCAUCAAUCUGAGUGCUUGCCUGACCAUGUGACCUGCUAACAGCAUAUCGUAGCCAUGACAGCGGUUUAGUUUAACGAUGAUGUAACCCCAAAGCCUCUUGGGUGGGUGUCCCUGUUUUAUAUCCAGCUUUCUGUUGCCCCCAUGCAUGUAUAGUCUGCUACAGCAGCACUUUUUCUUUUAGGUGAAAAUGAGAAUAAAUUUACAGCUCAUUUAAUAUUAUGAAUAAAAAUUUUUCAACAAGCCA